CCUAAGUUUGCCAACUAAUUAUAGCUCCAUCACUCCCUAUAUAUAUGUGCAUCUAUACAACAAGCUGAGCAUCAUAUUCCAAUCCAAACUAUUACCAACGUUCUCAAAGUUCAACAUGGCAACUUAUAACAACAUACCUGUGAUUCUGAGCUAUGUCACAACUACGACCUUCAUGCUCAUUUUUCUUCUUUCUGUCCCCAAUGCUAUAGCUAGUGAGGAUGAAAACACUACACUCAACACCCAAUCUCUCCUUCACCAACUUGAACCACAUCAACUAGAUUCGGACAACGAUAUUGAUCCCACUAAGUUGACUUUCAAGCUUUCAUUCACAUGGCCUAAGGGCUAUUGCAAGACUAAAGGUUCUGGAUGCGAAAGAGCAACCAACUUGCCUGAUCGUUUCACAAUUCACGGCUUAUGGCCUAUCUAUAGAGCUAAGUGCACCGACUCGACUGAGAAGUUUAGUGUCGAUCUGCUGAAAGAUCUUCGAGGUCGUCUUGAUAGGGACUGGCCAGAUUUGAAAAAUUAUGGGAAUCCAAGUAAGUAUGGAUCUUUUUGGGAGCAUGAAUGGGACAAGCAUGGCAAGAAGUGUGCCUUGUAUACUGUGAGAGGCUAUUUUAGGCGAUCUCUCAAUUUGUACGAUGCCAGUAACGUUUUACAGCUUCUUCAAAAAGCAGGAAAUCCAACAAAUGUUGACGGUGUGAAAAAGGCGUUCCCCGGAAGGACACCCAAUGUUUUCUGCAAAAACGGAAGUGAUGGAAAAUAUUAUUUUUUCCAACUCGAGUUUUGCCUUAACAGCACUGAAUUGUUUGAAAACUGUCCAGAGAAACCAGAGAAAACUCAUUGCACUCCGGGCAAAGAAUUUAGUUAUGGUGCUUAGUUGAUUACUUUCAAUUCUACUAGUAUAUGUGUGUGUGUGUGUUUGUAAACUUAAAUAAAUUAAAAAGUCUUGGGAUGGCUAACUAAGUCCAUGAGGCUAGGAUUGGGCUGAAGCUUAAAUAAAUUAAACAGUCUUUGGGAUGGCUAAUUAAGUCCAUGAAGCUAUGAUUAAGCAAUCCCUGACUUCCUGUAAGGCAGUGGGGCGGGUAUGCUGCCCUAAGUACGUAAAUAAUUGCAACUUUGCAUCAAUAAAGUGUUGAGUUUGGUGUCAACUGUACAUCACGAAGCUUGACAAGCUAGUACUCGUAUUAUAUUCUAGUGUAAUUAUACACCGUGAUGUUUUUAAUUGGACUAAUGUUUUAUGGUCUGCUCCAAUAUGGUCUGAUUUGGUUGAGAUUAUUUAAGUUUGAUCUGGUCUGAACUAGUUGAUCUGAUCGAUUUUGGCGUAUGUGCAUUUCACAAUUGACGAAGUCUAAUAUGAUCUGAUAUUAUAUGUUUCACAAUGUUUGCUCAGAUCUAAU